GCAAAAACUAUUCAGCAAAAAGUAGUCAGCAAAAUGAAGUCAGCAAAAAGAAGUUAACAAAAAGAAGUCAGCAAACGGAGCAAGUCAAAAAGUCAAGAAAGGAAGUCAGCGUGAACAUUUAGCAAAAGGAAUCAGCUGGAAGUGUUUUAAGGAAGACUGUCAGUACUGCAUCUGAGGGGUGAGCUUUGGCGGGACGAUGGUGGUGGUUACGUCAGUGUGGCAGGUUGUGGUGACGCUGUUAGGCCUGGUGCUCCUGCCGCAGCCUGCCGCCGCCCUGCCGCAGCCUGCCGCCGCCACCUUGAGGACCAACAGGACGGGGCCGCAGGACUCCACCACCAGCGGCCACAGGUUCUCACAGGCGCACUUUAGGUUCUCGCUUGACCUCUACGGCGCCCUGGUCAACCGUUCCCGCCAACCCAACGCUAACAUGCUCUUCAGCCCUGUGGGCGUGGCCGCCCUCCUCUCUCCUCUCCUGCACGCCCACAACCCGCUCCUCACUCAGCAGAUACGUCAGGUCCUGCGGUACUCAAACAUGACAAGAGAGGAGAUUGAUGAUGGCCACAGAACCAUGGUGGAGAACUUCGCAGACGCCUACUACAAGAAUGACCUGCGCCUCGCCUACAGGAUGUUUUUGCAGGAGGGUUCCUCUUGGGCAGAGUCCGCUCCUGACCUCUACCCCCCGACGACGACACAAGAGGUCAACUUUCAUAACAACGGCACAGAGGUCUUGCGAGGCAUUAACCGAUGGGUGACGGAGGUGACCACGGUGGAUGUGGGGGCCCCACUGAUGCAAACGCCCACCGUCCAGGUGGACGCCUUGGGGGCCCUCCGGGUCUACUACUCGGGGCGCUGGCUCCACAGGUUCGACCCCAACCUCACCUUCGACAAGGGCCUCUUCUACAUCACUUCUGAAGAAAGGACAAUCACCAGGACAGUCACCAAGACAGCCACCAAGACAGUCACCAGGACAGUCACCAAGACAGUCACCAAGACAAUUACGAGGACAGUCACCAAGACAGUCACCAGGACAGCCACCAAGACAGUCACCAAGACAGUCACCAAGACAGUCACCAAGACAAUUACGAGGACAGUCACCAAGACAGUCACCAGGACAGUCACCAAGACAGUCACCAAGACAGUCACCAGAACAGUCACCAAGACAGUCACCAAGACAGUCACCAAGACAGUCAGCAGGACAGUCACCAAGACAGUCACCAAGACAGUCAGCAGGACAGUCACCAAGACAGUCACCAAGACAGUCACCAGGACAGUCACCAAGACAAUCACCAAGACAGUCACCAAGACAGUCACCAAGACAAUCACCAAGACAGUCACCAAGACAGUCACCAAGACACUCACCAAGACAAUCACCAAGACAGUCACCAAGACAAUCCACAAGACAGUCACCAGGACAGUCACCAAGACAAUCCACAAGACAGUCACCAAGACAGUCACCAAGACAAUCCACAAGACAGUCACCAAGACAGUCACCAAGACAAUCCACAAGACAGUCACCAAAACAGUCACCAAGACAAUCACCAAGGCAGAGGAGAGGGUGAACGUGCGGGUGCCCAGGUUCAGGGUGGACGUGGUACCCCCGCUGCAAGAUGCCCUCGUGUCCCUGGGGCUGACGGCACUCUUCCCUCCCCCUCUCGACGACCAUCCUACGCUCCUCCUGCACGACAUCCUACACAGGGCGGUGUGCGAGGUGGUGGAGCGAGGAGAGGACUGGACGGCGCCUUCGGCCUCCGGAGGGCACCAGGUCGGCACCUUCGGCGACAAGUACUUCGAGGUGGACCAUCCGUUCAUCUUCUUCGUGUGGGACUACAUCGGGAGCGCUGUGGUCCUCAUGGGACGUGUGGUCACCCCGGUGCCUAUCUUCCUGCCCAUGGAUAACUGACUCAUGGGACGUGUGGUCACCCCGGUGCCUAUCCUCCUGCCCAUGGAUAACUGACUCAUGGGACGCGUGGUCACCCAGGUGCCUAUCCUCCUGCCCAUGGAUAACUGACUCAUGGGACGCGUGGUCACCCAGGUGCCUAUCCUCCUGCCCAUGGAUAACUGACUUAUGGGACGCGUGGUCACCCAGGAGCCUAUCCUCCUGCCCAUGGAUAACUGACUCAUGGGACGCGUGGUCACCCAGGUGCCUAUCCUCCUGCCCAUGGAUAACUGACUCACGGGAUGCGUGGUCACCCCGGUGCCUAUCCUCCUGCCCAUGGAUAACUGACUCACGGGAUGCGUGGUCACCCAGGAGCCUAUCCUCCACGGCAACACAAUACAGUACUAGUAACGACAACACACAUGUGUGUGUUGUCGUCUCAAGAAACAAUUGCCAACCUUCAUCACCUAUGAUACACAUAGUGACUGUCAAGUCUGUACACGUCACUAGUACAUCUACCCUGAGGUAGACACGCCACUAGUAGGUCUAGCCAGAGGUAGACACGUCAUUAGUACGUCUAGCCAGAGGUAGACACGUCACUUGUACGUCUAGCCAGAGGUAGACACGUCAUUAGUACGUCUAGCAGAAGUAGACACGCCACUAGUACGUCUAGCCAGAGGUAGACACGUCAUUAGUACGUCUAGCCAGAGGUAAACACGUCAUUAGUACGUCUAGCAGAAGUAGACACGUCACUAGUACGUCUAGCCAGAGGUAGACACGUCAUUAGUACGUCUAGCCAGAGGUAAACACGUCAUUAGUACGUCUAGCCACAGGUAGACACUUCACUAGAACAUCUACCCAGAGGUAGACACGUCACUAGAACAUCUACCCAGAGGUAGACACGUCACUAGUACGUCUACCCAGAGGUAGACACACACUGGUCAAGGUCAUACAACAACACAGAUGCUAUACAAACUACAAUCGUUGUUGUUGUUUUAUAUUUAGCAACUUGGAACAAAAGCUUCAAGUAGCACGGGCUAUGGUGAGCCUGACAGCUGAGUGGACAGCACUCGGAAUUCGUAGUCCUGAGGUUGCGGGUUCGAUCCCCCGGUAGA